CCGCUCAAUCACCAAUAAUAAGAAUAUAUAACGCGCUUUGGUGAGAAGCGCAGACAGAGGGAGAAAGGUGGGACGAUGCCAGACCGCCUUCCGGUCUCCAUCUCCGCCGCAUUCACACUCAUCUUCUCUCCGUCAUUAGGUUUUCUUCUCCGAUUCCACUUCUACUGAUACUCAUCAAUAUCUCCCCUCCCCUCAAUUCCGUCAAUCCAAGCAUCCCUUUUCCCUCCCUGGAGUUGAUCCAUGUCAACCCUCCGCCGCAGGUACUUCCUCCCUACCACUCCCGACAGAGACGUUGAGCUCCGCCACCGAUCAUGGCCACCUAUUCCCAGCCCUUCGCCCCCCUCCGCCGCUACUGACGCACGCGCGACCUUCGUCUACACGAGUCUUCGGGAGCUCAUCCUUUCCUCCCCGCCGAGCCGCUACGCGUCACCAACGGCAGCGGGUUUUGAGAUCCGGAUUCGGAACCCUCUCGUGAAGCAGGCGGCCUACGCUUAUCUCCAGAUGACUCCAUCGCCCAUUCGAAACCAGCGGCCUCAUCGGAGAUUUUUAGCUGCGUUCAAAGACGCCCUUCGGCCUCUUCAACGCUGUUUAGGGUUCAUCGGCCGGCUUCUUUGCUGCUCGCAGUUCUGCAGCCCGUGGUAACUCUUGGUUUUAUAUCCGAUUGGCUGUUGCAUUUUGAUUGUAAUAUCACAAAAAAAAAAUUAGCUAAUUUUAUUUAACGCAUUGGUUUGAGUAUAAAUUCUCCCAAUUUAGUAAGAUU